AUGACGUUAAGGAUAAUACCCAUCCUACUCAGCGCGACCGCUCUCAUCCUGCUGGCGUUAAACUUCGGCUCGGCAACCGCUAAUAAUCAUCAAUUAUCGUCAUCAUCAUCAUCCGAGGCAGCAUCCAGCACGACAGUAUCAACUCCGUCGGAGGCAGCAUGGGAGCAUGGAAAUGGUGCAGUAACGCCUCCGGCCACCGGCAGCCGGUUGCGAGCUGAAGCAGCACAAUUAGUAGACAAUAAAAUCCACGACAAACUGCAACGGCACGAUCCUGCCGACGGACGCAUGAGCGCUGCUCCCGCACAGACUGGGCGCCAGAAACGAGAAGAUAUUUUUAGCGAUAAUGUUCUAACAAAUAAUUAUCAGCUUAAUGGUGACGCCGGACGAUGGGAAGGGCCCGGGAACGGUGCGCUGCAGUCAAGGAUAACGGAGGAGGUACUGCUCGUUAGCAAUCUUACCGAGGAACGGGCGCGCGAAGAGACCGAGCUGUUGGAACAUCUGAAUCGCGACCGUUUCCAUGGCAGUCCAAUCAAGCUCGAUAAUAGCGACGACAGAUCGGAAGCGAGAAGUGGCCCUCAGCGCAGCCGUAAAAAGAACCGCCGACGAAUAGGACACAAGAAGCACAAGCACAAGAAGAUCAAGCUGCUUCCGGUGACGCUCGUCGGUGUGCCGGUGGACGAGGACGGUCAACCGGAUACCGCCAUCUUCGAUGGGCUGACGAACGGUGCGGACGGUGCGUGGUCUUUGAAGCUUUCCUCCAGCACCAAAGCGCUCGAUGGUUUCGACGGCUCAACCGGUGGCGACGCUAAACUGACAAAGCAAAUUCACCCACCGUUGGGCGAAGGUAUUGCCACCGUUGAUGGCAGCAUGGUGGAGAUGGUAGACGUUUGGAAGGAAACGACAAUGCCUCCGUCGACCAGCUUCGGGUCCCCGCAGUCGCCGUCCACACAGGAUAUCGCCGACGACCGGCAACCGGCAAUGGUUUCCGGUUUUCCACCGCCUCCGGUUCUGGUGGGCGAUGGACACCUGGUGUUCGGUAGUGUGGGUGACAUGCAAAUUCCCCGAUUGCCGCCCGAUCAACCGGACGCACAGCGAACGAAGUGGACCCGCGAGCAGAGGAAGCGCGAAAAACAGCAACGGAAACAAUUACGGAAAGUGGGUGAGGAGAGAAAAAUCGUCAAUCCACCGCUGCCACCAUUGCCGUCCGGUGUCACGGUGUCCAGCGCCAGCACGGUCACCUUUCCCGCGGACGAUCACAAGGGCACGGAGACGGUAUCGGUGGCUCGCAUCAUCAUUUCAGGUGAUUUAUCCUGCAUGAAAGACGACUUCAUCCCAGCGCCGGCGAUCGCUAACGGUGACAUCAAAUAUUUGCGUAACGAUUUGUACGGGUUGGAAAACUCGUUCCUCGAGGCGGAGUACCACUGCCGGAUGGGAUACCGGUUGCGAACGAAGGACGGACAAAGCCGACCGGUUGUUACCUCGACCGGUGCCAUCGCCAACGCCAAUCUGGUUUGCCGUAAGUCGCGCUGGAUCGGUAAAAGGCCGGCUUGUGUGCGGAUUAAGCCUUCCCAGCGUCAGCUCCAACCAUUCUCCACUGUCUGGCCACCGAACGCCACGGCUAAUGGUACGCAUUCCACGAACGUGAACGCCUGCGGCAAAGAACAUCGUUGUCCACAGGCUUGCCACCGUGUGGCGACGGGUAAGGGCAGCUUAAAUCGCACCACAGUCUGCUCCUGCUACAAAGGAUUUAAAAUGGUCAACCAUCGAUGUGUAGACAUCAACGAGUGCAUCGAGUACGGUGAGGAUGUGUGCGAGUACGGCUGCUCCAACACGAUCGGGUCGUUUACAUGCAAAUGCCCGAGAGGAUUGCGAGUUACGGACAAUAAUAAAUGCAUGGAUGUAAACGAGUGCCUGCUGCGAAACGGACAUGGACCAUGCCAGGAUACGUGCAUCAACACGUGGAGCAGCUACAGGUGCACCUGCGACGGGCUUCCGGGCACGCGGCUGGCGGCCGACGGGCAUAGCUGCGAGGACAUCGACGAAUGUACGGUCAACAAUGGUGGCUGUUCGCACACUUGCCUCAAUACGCUUGGGCGAGCGUUCUGCGUGUGUCCCGAGGGCUACAUGCUGGACGAGGAUUGGAAGACGUGCGUGGAUGUGGACGAGUGUGCCAACCAACGAUCGAUUGCCAGCGAACAUCGAUGCCACGGCCGGUGCAUCAAUACGGUCGGGUCUUACCGAUGCGAACAGGGUGAAGAACACGGCGGCAGGGAAUAUGUGGAGGGAAAGUCUUCUGCUGGUGCGGAUGUUGAGGGGGAACAAGAGCAACCGGACUAUGACACACUCUGCCCAACAGGCUACCAUUUCAACACAACAAUGGGCGAUUGUCAAGACACGAACGAAUGCAGCAUCUCAAACGGCGGAUGUCAGCAGCAUUGUAUCAACAGUGACGGAAGCUACUACUGCUCAUGCAAAUAUGGCUUCAAGUUGGACGUCGACAAGCGUUCCUGCCUGGUGCUGAACGAUUCGUUAAGGUUGGCGGAUAUCGCCUGUCCACCGUUGUUUCCACCACGCCACGGGUACCUCGAGUGCAGCCGACCGAUAGACGAAAUAGCGGAUGGUCCAAACGGUGGCAGCCUCAAGAUUACCAACCGUCCCGGCAGCCAGUGCAUCCUAAAGUGUCCGACCGGCUAUCGACUCGAGGGGAAGUUCUCCAAAAUCUGUGGUACCACCGGCGAAUGGAUUGGCGAUGAGAACGGCACCUGCAUACGAUAUCCUCAACCUAAGCUACUAUGUCCGACAAGUGUUAACGUGGAGUUACACCCAAACGAAACCGAAACCACCAUGGUUCGAUUGAGACGUCCCGAAACGGACGUCAGCUGGGAGCGAGACGUACAGGUCGAACCGUAUUGGGUGAAGAAGGAUAGUUUCUCACUACCCCUCGGUAGUCUUAACGUUAGCUACUCGGCCAAACAUCCCGUCUCGAAACUUCACACCGAAUGUAACUUCCUCAUCAACGUUCUCCCUGGCUCACCGCCAAGAGUAGACUUCUGUCCGGACACGCAAGUGUACACCAUCGAAGGACGACAUCAGAGCGUUAAGGCAACGUGGGAGGAACCCGUGUUUUCGGACAAUGUUGGUGUGGUGACGAUCACGAAAUCGAACAGCCCAGGAACAGACUUUGGAGCUGGUAGCCAUCUCAUCACGUACGAAGCGCACGACGACGCGGAAUGGAAGAGCAAAUGCGUGUUCAAAAUCGUCGUGAACGUAAACCCGGAACAGCAACAGCAACCGACCGCCCAGUCACACUUUCAGCUACCGAUUCUGUACAAUCGGUUCUACUUCUAA